GAGCUACUGAGGGGUGGUAACUGAGAGGCGCUGUGUGUGUUACACUCUCCGUGCUGGUACUGGUUACACUCUGCAUGGAACUGGUGAUGCCUGGCAGUGCAGAGCAGAGGCAGGGAAGGAUCCUCACAGCCCCCUCUUCAAGGAAUUCUCUGUGGUUUCCCAGGUCUCGGAGACAGAGCGGCUCUGCUACGUGGGGCAAAACUUCGGCAACGAGGUCCUGAAGUGCAACUCCCUGUGCAGGUACUUCAUUGGUGUGUUAGACAAGAACUCCGGGCAGAUGGAGGUGUACAACGCUGAGAUAUUCAACAUGCAGCCCCUGCUCUCAGAUAACUUGUUGCCUGACGACACAAAGGAUUAUCAGACCAAAUCCUACAGGGAGAAGAUGGAUUUGUGCAUUGAGGCGUUCGGGACCAGCAAGCAGAAGAGAGCUCUGAGCUCUCGCCGCAUGAACGCUGUGGGCAGUGACAUUGUCAACACAGCUGUGGCAAAAGCAGCUGCAAAUGUUAUAGAUGCCAAGGGAGUGACAGGUGAGAGAAUUCUGUCUCGGGGUGUAAUCAGGACAAACUGAAGUGCCUUUUUCUGUCUGUCCAUGCCAAGUGUGGCAGGAAGAAGAGGGGUUUUCUUUAAGUGAUGAGGAAGAAGCUGGUCUAACAGCUGAGAUGGGUACAUGUAGAGGAACUGCUUCUUUCUGGCCCCACUGGACUUGGUGUUGGAGUUGCCUAAAUGAGGGAAGGUCCCUGUGACAUCAGCGUGCAUCCUGCCUGCUUUGGAAGCUCCUGUGGGAUGUGAGUGCACUGGGAUAAAGGCAGUGCCUUUACCUGGUCUGAGCUCUGUGGCAUGGCUGUUGAAAAGGCAGCCUCUUACCUCAGAGAGUGGUGCAGCCUUGGGGUGGGUCACAGCUCAGUGUGGUGUCACCAUCCCCAGCGGCUUCCCAGCUGUGGCAGGAGAGGGCUGGGGCUGCCCUGACUUUGGACAUCUGGGCAGGAGGGCAGACAAAAGCACUCCAGAGCACCUCUGGGAUCCUGAAGGUGUCACUGGCAUGACCAGGAGAGAUGUCUGUUGACUGUAGACCCCACCACCUUUCAUCCUUUUGUUCCAGGGUGGAUAUUGACUGUGCUCUCAGAGCUGCUUUGUGCCAAGUGGGUGUUCACGGGAAUGCGGGUGCCAGAAUCAUGCUCUGCCCACCUGCAGCAGCAGACAUCUUUGUGCCCUUCUUUGCUAGA